UCCCACCCGGUGCUCUCCGCCCGGCGCCGACCGGGUUGUCCCGGACAGCGGGACGCGCGGGCGGGCAGGGGCGGGGCUUUGCGCACGGCCCGCCUCCUGCCUAGAAAAGAGCCCGGGCCGGGCUCGCUCCAAAGCUCCACAGACAGCUGCUGCUCGUCUUCAUCCGUCUGCCCGCAGUCCGCACCUCUCUGCCACAUGGACCCCAACUGCUCUGGCUGCGCUGGCGGCGCCUGCACCUGCGCGGACUCCUGCAAGUGCAAAGACUGCAAAUGCGGCUCCUGCAAGAAGAGCUGCUGCUCCUGCUGCCCCGCGGGCUGUGCCAAGUGUGCCCAGGGCUGUGUGUGCAAAGGGGCGUCGUCGGACAAGUGCAACUGCUGCGCCUGAGAUGGGGGCCGGGAAGGGUCCCCAAUGUAAUAGAACACUCCUGUGUGCCGCCCCCCCAGUUUCCCUCUUUUUACUAUGAACUAUGUGAAUGACAAUAAAAGUCUUUGAAUGGA